UACUUGAAAUAACUGUUAAGUUGGAAAUAACUUGAUGGCAAGUCGCGGGCAGGGCGGCAGAUACCAGUCGCUCGCGCAAUCGGGACUCGAUCGCAAUUCCAGACCUUGUAACUGCGUAAAAUGAGUGCAAAAAUUAUUUUAAUUUUCUGCUCUUUCCUUGCUGGAUACGCCAAUUCCGCUUCCACAUACGAUCAAAGGCAAAAUGGAAAUUUGAACGUUCAAGUUGACUUGAAAGACCUACGUAUCAUAGCUGUUAUGAAAGGGGGCAAAGAGGAAUAUGUGGACUACGAUUACGCGUAUGAUUAUUCGGAAAUGACAAUAAAACCAGUGAACGGUACUACACCAAAACCGUUGAACGGGACAAGUACAACGACUGAUCCUACCAGAGAUAAUACGACUGCGGUCACGGCGGUUACAGAACCGACCAAUUUGGCUGUAAAAAACAACGAUACCAACAGUUUGGAAACAGAUGUGACGCUCAAUCCGGCGAACGAAUCUAUGACAACUGUAAAGAGUCCAGAAAUGAUUACCUCUGCGACUAUUGAACCUCAAGAAGCAGUGACUAAGGAGAUGAGCACUUCAACUUCAACAACGCGUCCGACACCUGGUGCUGGUUGCAAAAAAGGAUUUGUCAUGAAUCAAAAAGGCGACUGCGAGCUGAAAUUGCAAGGUGCUGGAAAUGCAUUACUGAAGCUGGUAAAACUAUCACAAAAACUGAAACUUAGAAGAGAGAAUAGAAGGAAUGGGGACACCACAGACUGAAUUUUGUCCAACCAUGUGCCAAAAUCAAGUAUAUUAAGUAAUUAGUUGUAAUCAACAUUAGGCAAUUCCCAAAUGUCUGAAUAUAGCUAGGUAGUUCAGAAUAUACCCUUAAUAAGUAUAGAUUUAUUCAGGGUAUGAAUCAAAAUAUGGCAUCUACCUACCUAUAUUUUAUAGAUUAACAUUUUGAUCAAUAUUGUAACAGGUAGUCAGUUCACCACGGAAUGGGAGUACCUCUGACUAUCCCAAUCGGGAAUAUGGUCUUAAAGCCCAGUCCUUUUAAAACCCAAACCCCAUUGUUAACUAUUGUGUCAGGUAAUCUGGGCCACAGGAUAUAAUCAUGAGCUCAUGUGUGUAUGUAAACAGUAAUACUUGUAAGAUUUGCAUGUACUGGUUUCAAUAUUAUGCUAACUAUACAAAUAAUGUUGCAGUGUCAGUUUAUGUGUUAUUGUGGCAAUGUAGUUUUAUAAUAUUAUGCAUUUAAUAAUAAUAGCUAUAAUGAUUAUCACUAUGAAAUGACUGAUACUUUCCAUUUAGGAAUUGGGUAGUUUCCUAGGUCAAAGAUAAAUGAUGAAAUUCUGACUACUAAAUAAAGACAGACCUGAAGUGCGACAUUUUAUCAUGUUUUACUAUGACGUCACAGAUUGCUUUUUCAUACAAAUUCCGUAGUAAUUUCGUGUUUUGUAUUUAGUAAAAAGUAACUGGUUUGACUAGUUGGAAACUACCCUAUUAUAUACAAUGGCCCCGAUUCCUGCAGACACCGCCUAAUUUUAUUUUAAGUUAUAUCCGUCAUUUUCAUAUCCGUCGAAAAGGAAAGGGACGGAUGAUUCACAGCUCUUAAUUUUAGGAAGAAUGAGUAAAUUAAUGUGUCGGGUUAUUGGCGGAUGUAAAAUUUUUAGACGGUUGGUUUAGAUUUGUGCUUAAAAUUGACGUGUGUUCCAUAAAUUUUAUGCUUGUCGAUUACCCGUCCCUUUCCUUUUCGGCGGAUAAGAAAAUGACAGAUAUAACUUAAAAUAAAAUUAGAUGGUAUUUACAGGAAUUAGCACCAUUGUUAAGUUUAAUUUUAUUAUAAUAAUAUACAGUUGGAUAGCAACUUUUAUAGAACAUCCCAUUUUUCCUCGUAAUAUGCAAUUGCAACAUAUGCAUUUAAUGUAAGCUUGUAAAACAUUGUGAUGAAGGAAAUAAAAUGAAAAUGUAAGUCUCCAAUAAAUUAGAACCAUUUUAUUAUUCAUAUUAACUCAGGUGCAUUUAGGAUAAAUGCUGUGUAGAUUUAGAAUUCAAUUUAACAUUCUACAUGGGACGGGCUCUAUUUACUCUCACAUUGGUAUAUUACUUUGUACUAUUUGUCAUUGAGCUUGAAAAACAGUAAUAUAGUCAUAAUGGUGUAUUUUAUUUUAUAAUAAUGCAAUUUAACAAUCCAAAAUAAAUUAGAACUAUACACCUUACAUUCACACAGUAGUUACAUUAGGUAACAGCUACUUAAAUAAAAAAUAAAUUAAAGUUU